UUUCAAACCGAGCUGAACUGGUGCAUCCCAUUAAACCACUAAAUUAUCUAUUCGGUUCAAGUAAACCGGACUUGGGUUUCUUCUCCAAAGCGGCAGCUUAAUCUUGUCGCCGAAGCGAUUCGCGGACCUGUUUCAAAAGCAAGUGAGAAAGAACUGUGAGAUUAGACAAUAUUGAAAAACUUAUGGAGAAUCGAGGUGAUCUCAGCUCGAUUCUCCCCUACCUUCCACUUUUAAUUCGUUCUUCGUCGCUGUAUUGGCCGCCGCGCGUGGUGGAGGCCCUCAAGGCAAUGUCUGAAGGACCAUUUCACAGCCGAGUUGACUCGGGAGAGGUUCUACGGCAAGCAAUUUCCGAUAUGAGACGAUCCUUGUCUUUGUCAACUCUCGAUCCAUCUGCUUCUCAUGGCUACGCUCUUCUCUUUGAUGAACUGAUUGGUGAGAAAGAAUCAAAGAGAUGGUUUGAUGAGAUUAUCCCGGCAUUGGCGAAGUUACUCCUUAAGUUUCCAUCUCUAUUGGAAGAGCAUUACCAUAAUGCUGAUAGUAUCGUUAGUGGAAUCAAUACAGGUCUACGUUUGUUAGAUACCCAACAAGCUGGCAUAGUUUUCCUCAGCCAGGAGCUGAUUGGCGCUCUUCUUGCCUGCUCUUUCUUUUGUUUGUUUCCGGACGAUAAUAGAGGUGCAAAACAUCUUCCAGACAUCAACUUUGAUCAUUUGUUUGUGAGCCUUUAUGAAAGUUAUAGUGAAAGUCAAGAAAGCAAGAUAAGGUGUAUCAUGCAUUACUUUGAAAGGUUUUUCUCUUGUGUGCCUAUUGGUAGCGUUUCAUUUGAACGCAAGAUUCUUCCAGCUGAAUUCCACAAUUCUUCUACCGCUGCACCUGACGCUGAUUUCUGGAGCAAGUCUGACUUUUCCCUUUGUGCUUUUAAGGUCCACUCUUUUGGGUUAAUUGAAGAUCAACCUGACAGUGCUCUGGAAGUGGACUUUGCAAACAAGUAUCUCGGAGGUGGUUCCCUAAGUAGGGGGUGCGUACAGGAAGAGAUACGCUUCAUGAUCAACCCUGAAUUAAUCGCUGGCAUGCUUUUCUUACCCCGAAUGGAUGACAAUGAAGCUAUAGAAAUAGUUGGUACAGAAAGAUUUUCAUGUUACACAGGGUAUGCAUCUUCGUUUCGGUUUGCUGGUGACUUCAUUGACAAAAAGGAAAUGGAUCCUUUCAAAAGGCGAAGAACCAGAAUUGUUGCAAUAGAUGCAUUAUGUGCCUCGAAGAUGAGACACUUUAAAGAAAUUUGCCUUUUACGGGAAAUUAAUAAGGCUCUGUGUGGCUUUUUAAAUUGUAGCAAGUCUUGGCAGCACCAAAAUAUGUUCAUAGAUAAUGGAGAUUCUGGUAUUCGAGAUACAGAAACUAAUGCGUCACUUGGAGCUUCACUAAAUGAUGUUGAAAUGAGAGAAAACCCUGCUAACAACCUGGUCAGACAUUUUUAUGUGGAAGGAGUUGAUUUCAUGGAUCAUGAAGAUAAUGGUAUUGCGACUGGGAAUUGGGGAUGCGGUGUUUUUGGAGGAGACCCAGAGCUAAAGGCUACAAUUCAAUGGCUUGCUGCUUCCCAGACUCGAAGGCCAUUUAUAUCAUACUACACGUUUGGAGUGGAGGCACUUCAAAACUUAGAUCAGGUGACCAAGUGGAUUCUUUCCCAUAAAUGGACUGUUGGAGAUCUGUGGAACAUGAUGCUAGAAUAUUCUGCUCAAAGGCUCAACAAGCAAACCAAUCUUGGCUUCUUUUCUUGGCUACUUCCAUCUCUAGCUACCACCAACAAGAGCAUCCAGUGACCUUGACUCGCAAAUUCGCCUUCAUUAACUUGUUUGAUGCAUCCUCAUACUGUAUCUAUGCAUUUUCCCACAUGAAUAUGUAAAAAAUUAAUUCACCAGUUCUGUAUCCUCAGGCAUAAUUCGUUUAGGUGCGCUUUAAUGUGUUUGAACCAGUCUUCGUUUAAAGAAAACGAGCUCUUUUUCAUA